AUGGGAUUUAUCGCUGGGCUGCAAGAAUAUUCUGGAGCUCUUCCUAAUUUCCCUACUUCAUAUGCUGCUUUGCUAAGAAUUAAAAAGAGUUCAUCUUCAUCCCUCUUUGGUUCAAAGAUCAGACCGCAAUACAGUAAUCCUUUAUUAGGAACCCUGAGUGUUUCUUCACCAAGUUGGCGAGGAGCAACUCAACAUUAUUAUUCCCCCAUCAAUCUUUAUCAUUCCUCAGAUGCCUUCAAACAAGAUGAAAGUGUGGACUAUGGGCCAGUGUUUGUACAAGAACCAGAUGAUAUAAUUUUCCCGACUGAUUCUGAUGAAAAGAAAGUAGCAUUGAAUUGUGAAGCUCGUGGCAACCCAGUUUCCAGUUACAGAUGGCUUCGAAAUGGAACAGAAAUAGAUUUGGAAAGUGAUUAUCGCUACAGUUUGAUAGACGGGACCUUCAUUAUAAGCAAUCCAAGUGAAGCAAAGGAUUCUGGUCAUUAUCAGUGUUUAGCAGCCAAUACUUUUGGAAGUAUUCUUAGUAGAGAAGCCAUACUUCAAUUUGCCUAUCUGGGAAAUUUUAGUGGCCGGACAAGAAGUGCAGUCUCGGUGAGGGAAGGCCAGGGGGUUGUUCUGAUGUGCUCUCCUCCGCCUCAUUCUCCAGAGAUCAUCUAUAGCUGGGUAUUUAAUGAGUUCCCUUCCUUUGUGGCGGAGGACAGCCGGCGGUUCAUUUCCCAGGAGACAGGCAACCUUUAUAUUUCUAAAGUCCAAUCAUCAGAUGUUGGCAGCUAUAUUUGUCUGGUGAAAAACACAGUGACAAACGCUCGAGUACUUAGUCCUCCAACACCACUCACUUUACGUAAUGAUGGUGUGAUGGGAGAAUAUGAACCGAAAAUUGAGGUCCAUUUUCCUUUCACAGUUACAGCUGCUAAGGGAACAACUGUUAAGAUGGAAUGCUUUGCACUUGGCAACCCAGUUCCAACAAUCACAUGGAUGAAGGUUAAUGGUUAUAUUCCUAGUAAGGCACGUCUGCGGAAAUCUCAGGCAGUGCUGGAAAUACCCAACGUGCAGCUGGAUGACGCAGGCCUAUAUGAGUGCAGAGCUGAAAACUCACGUGGAAAAAAUUCCUUUCGUGGACAAUUACAAGUGUACACUUAUCCACACUGGGUGGAAAAACUGAAUGACACUCAGCUGGACAGUGGGAGCCCUCUCCGAUGGGAAUGUAAGGCUACUGGAAAACCCCGACCCACAUACCGUUGGCUGAAGAAUGGGGUGCCUCUUUUGCCUCAGAAUAGGAUUGAGAUGGUUAAUGGAUUAUUGAUGAUCCACAAUGUGAAUCAGUCAGAUGCUGGAAUGUAUCAGUGUUUGGCCGAAAAUAAAUAUGGAGUCAUUUAUGCGAGUGCUGGGCUGAAGAUUCUAGCUUCAGCUCCUACUUUUGCACUGAAUCAACUGAAGAAAACAAUAAUUGUUACCAAAGGCCAAGAAGUCAUCAUCGAGUGCAAACCCCAAGGCUCUCCAAAACCAACCAUCUCUUGGAAGAAGGGAGAUAAAGCAGUGAGAGAGAAUAAAAGAAUAGCUAUUCUUCCAGACGGAAGUCUACGGAUCCUAAAUGCUUCUAAAUCAGAUGAGGGAAAGUACGUUUGCCAAGGGGAAAAUGUCUUUGGUUCUGCUGAAAUCAUAGCCUCAGUAUCUGUAAAAGAACCUACAAGAAUAGAACUUACUCCUAAAAGAACAGAAUUAACAGUGGGAGAAAGCAUUGUCCUUAAUUGCAAAGCAAUUCACGAUGCUAGUUUGGAUGUCACUUUCUACUGGACACUAAAAGGACAGCCUAUUGAUUUCGAGAAAGAAGGUGGACAUUUUGAAAGCAUCAGGGCCCAAGCAUCCUCUGCAGAUUUAAUGAUCAGGAACAUCCUUCUGAUGCAUGCUGGGAGAUAUGGCUGCAGGGUACAGACCACAGCAGACAGUGUGUCAGAUGAGGCAGAACUUCUGGUUAGGGGUCCCCCAGGACCACCAGGGGUAGUGAUUGUUGAGGAAAUCACCGAAAGCACAGCCACACUCUCCUGGAGUCCUGCAGCUGACAACCACAGCCCAAUCUCCUCCUACAACCUGCAGGCUCGAAGCCCAUUCUCCCUGGGCUGGCAAACAGUAAAAACAAUCCCAGAAAUCAUAACAGGGGACAUGGAGUCAGCCAUGGCAGUGGACCUUAACCCUUGGGUGGAAUAUGAAUUUAGAGUGGUGGCCACCAAUCCAAUUGGGACUGGAGAUCCAAGCACCCCAUCUCGAAUGAUCCGCACAAAUGAAGCAGUUCCAAAAACAGCACCCACCAAUGUAAGUGGAAGAAGUGGAAGAAGGCAUGAGCUAGUCAUAGCCUGGGAGCCAGUAUCUGAAGAGUUUCAGAAUGGGGAAGGCUUUGGCUAUAUUGUGGCUUUCAGGCCCAAUGGAACACGUGGCUGGAAGGAAAAAAUGGUGACAUCCUCUGAAGCUUCAAAAUUCAUUUAUCGAGAUGAAAGUGUUCCUCCUCUCACUCCCUUUGAAGUGAAGGUUGGCGUUUAUAACAAUAAAGGAGAUGGACCUUUCAGUCAGAUUGUGGUUAUCUGCUCAGCUGAAGGAGAACCCAGUGCUGCUCCCACAGAUGUCAAGGCUACAAGUGUGUCUGUGUCAGAGAUUCUUGUUGCAUGGAAACAUAUUAAAGAGAGUCUAGGAAGACCACAGGGAUUUGAGGUUGGUUAUCGGAAAGACAUGGAACAAGAAGAUGCUGCAGAAACAGUCAAAACUAGAGGGAAUGAAUCCUCUGUCAUUCUGACAGGAUUAGAAGGAAAUACUUUAUAUCACUUCACAGUGAGGGCUUAUAAUGGAGCUGGAUAUGGGCCACCUAGCAGUGAAGUGAGUGCAACCACCAAGAAAUCCCCCCCUAGUCAAGCACCCAGCAAUCUCAGGUGGGAACAGCAAGGCUCUCAGCUUUCUCUGGGCUGGGAACCAGUCAGACCAUUAGCCAAUGAAUCUGAAGUCAUGGGCUACAAGGUUUUUUAUAGGCAAGAGGGGCACAGCAACGGUCAAGUUAUUGAAACACAGAAACCUCAAGCAGUAGUACCACUGCCGGAUGCUGGAGUCUAUAUUAUUGAAGUUCGAGCAUACAGUGAAGGAGGGGAUGGGACAGCUAGUUCCCAAAUCAGGGUACCAUCCUAUUCAGGUGGGAAAAUCACUAGUGCCCAGUCGACCCUCCACACACUCUCCCCAUCUUCAUCAUCGGUAGCAUUGCUCUUGGCAUUGAUGAUUCCUUCAACCUCUUGGUGAAAACUGCAGACUUACCUUGCUUUGCUUUGCUUUAGCUUGAAAAUAGCGGUGAAUAGAGUGUAGUGUAAGUGGAGACCCAGGACCCUGAGAUGAGCUUUAAA